CCGGCCGGAGAGAGCGCAAGAUAUAUAAGCCUCACUCUCGGCUGCGCGGAGGCGGCGAGUGUGGAGGAGGGUUAGCAGCCCCGUUGUGUGCUGAGGCGGAGGGACAGUUGUGCGCGGGCCCUGCAGAAAUGAGUGACAUGGACUCGUACAAGGUUCUUCUGGAUGGGCCAGCCCCAUGGGGGUUCAGACUGCAGGGUGGCAAGGACUUCAAUAUGCCGCUCUCCAUUUCCAGGCUCACUCCUGGGGGCAAAGCAGCCCAAGCAGGGGUUGGAGUAGGGGACUGGGUGCUAAGCAUUGAUGGGGAGAACACCAGCACAAUGACCCACAUUGAAGCCCAGAACAAGAUCCGUGCCUGUGGGGACAAGCUCUCCCUCAGCUUAAGCAGAGUCCAGAAUCUCCUAGGCAAACCUCAGAAGGCACUGAAUCCUGACAAGGUGACUGUUCACCCACCUGAGGUGAAGGCUGCACCCCCAAAUGAACCCCCACCUGAUUAUGGAGAUUACUACCUGGAGGACCAGCAUUCUCUGCGGCUGGUGAGCCUGCCGGCUUUCCUCCCCAGCAACUCCAGUAAAAAGAGACUUAUUGAGGAUACGGAAGACUGGCGACCACGGACUGGGACUACUCAGUCCCCUUCUUUCCGUAUUCUGGCCCAUCUCACAGGCACAGAAUUCAUGCAAGACCCAGAUGAUGACCAUCUUAAGGCGGCCAGCCAGGUCUCCAUACCGGAUCUGCCUUCUGCACCAGCCUUGAAAGUGGAGCCUGAAUAUGGCUCUGCUGCUCCAAAGCCUGCACCUUUCACAAGCCCUUCCAGUCGUCCACCCUGGGCUGUGGAUCCUUCCUUCGCUGAACGAUAUGCACCAGAUAAAACUAGCACUGUGCUGAGCACGCACAGUCAGCCGGCUACCCCAACACCUGUGCAGAACCGCAACUCUAUUGUCCAGGCUGCACAGCAGGCCCCGGAGAGUGCCAACAAAACACCCAUCUGCUAUCAGUGCAGCAAGAUCAUUAGGGGGCGCUACCUGAUGGCUUUGGGACGCUACUACCACCCAGAAGAGUUCACCUGCUCACAAUGCAGGAAGGUGCUUGAUGAGGGUGGCUUUUUUGAGGAAAAGGGCUCCAUCUUUUGCCCCAAGUGUUAUGACAUGCGCUAUGCCCCCAAUUGUGCCAAGUGCAAGAAGAAGAUUACAGGGGAAAUUAUGCAUGCUCUGAAGAUGACCUGGCACGUUCAGUGCUUUGUCUGCGCUGCCUGCAGAACCCCCAUCCGCAACCGUGCCUUCUACAUAGAAGAGGGGCAGCCCUACUGCGAGAGAGAUUACGACAAGAUGUUUGGGACUAAGUGCCGUGGCUGUGAUUUCAAAAUAGAUGCUGGUGAUCGGUUCCUAGAGGCCCUGGGCUUCAGCUGGCAUGACACUUGCUUUGUUUGUGCGAUCUGCCAGAUCAAUUUGGAAGGAAAGACAUUCUAUUCCAAAAAGGACAAGCCGCUGUGCAAGAGCCAUGCUUUCUCCCAUGUGUGAGGUGGAGGAGGAGACCUUAACUGCCCAAGCUGCUGCCUGCCCAAACUCUGCGUCCACCUUUCCUGUCCUGAGAGAGACCAGAUGCCUCACUUGACCAUUAUUCCCUGUAGAGGGGAGGGGUAAAAUGCUCAGGGUCCUUUUAGUACUUUGGGAGGUUUACACUAUUGUAUUUUUACCUAAACUGGUGCUCUUCAGAUGUGUUAGACUUUAUCUCUUGCAGAUUCUAGCCAGCUCGUGGUUGAAAUUGCUGGACAUUUGGGGAGUUGAAGUCCAGGACUUCCAGAGGACACCAGCCUAGGGAAGGAUACUAUAGAGUUUUGUGCCCAUUUCAGCCAAAGAAAGUAAGUCUCAAGAAAUUUCUCCCUAGCAAAGGAUCCCAAAUGAUGGCACGCUUGAAAGGAAGCAUCAGCUGGCCUUUCCUAGAAGUCAUUAACUCAGAUGUAUGUGAAAACUUGCUAUUAAUGCCCCAGGGAAUUUGGGGGGUGGGGGGAGAGAACAGCUUUCCCCAGGGUUCAUGAUCAUUACUUUCGGUCCCCUCUGCAAUGUAAUUACCAAUAAUCCUCAGUCCUCCCUUCUCUGAGAAAGCAUUUGCAGAGGAUUUCUAUAAUCAGGUUGGCUCUACCUUUUGUCCAUUAGUACAUAUUUCCAUUCCCAGGUAGAAACCCAUUCACAGCUAUGUUGCUCAGUAAAAUUGCUUUUUCAAAAAACAAACAAACCACAAAACCCAAACCCUAAAUCUCUUUUCCUCAAAGCCACCUUGCUAGUAACAAAAAUAUUAAGCCACUCACUUCCUGCGGUAGGGGUCUACCUAAAGGAUUGUGCUGUAAGUUGCCACAGACCAAGAAAAACGUUACUUUUAAGUGCCAUGGAGGAGAGAACAGUUUCAAGACCCAGCUUCUUCACACCAGCAAAAACUGCUUCUCCUUCAUGAGAUGAACAUGGGACUCACUACCUAGGGACACAACUUUAUAUAUGCUUGUAGCACACAGCUUCUGAGGUCAGUGGUGGCCCCAAAGCACCCCUACCAAAGACCUGGUAUUUGAGUUUUGCUCUAAAUGUAUUUCUCAGAACCAUGCUGUUCAGCUGGGAGUCUGUGAUUCUUUGCCACCUUCGAUGCCUAAUAAAAUAUGACUUAAUUCUUCUUCA